AUGGACUUGAUUUCUCUGGCUACAGGAAAAAAAUUUAAAGAACAUUAUAGAAAAUAUUACCAGCAAAAUGUAGCCUUGCCAGUGGACCGCCUAAGCUGGGACCCUUCUGAGUCAAUGAAAGCGGCUUCUUCCAAUGAAGCUGAGGAAGAGCAAUGGUUUUUGAAUACCAUGAAAUCUGAAAAGGAUAAAAACAUAAUAGAAGAAGGGAAGCAGAGAAGAGAAAACGCAAGUUAUCUUGUAACUUGGGAUGGUCCUCAUGACGCACUUAAUCCAAGAAACUGGUCCCAUACAAAGAAAUGGUGGAUCAUUGUCCAGAUUUGUGUAAUAACUAUGUCUGUAACGUUUUCUUCAAGCGUCUUCUCAACAGGAGUUCCCGAAGUGGUGAGAGCUUUUCAUGCAUCCACCCCGGUCGCAUCAUUGGGCACUUGUACAUACUUGGUAGGCUUCUCUAUGGGUUGUUUACCCUUUGCGCCUCUAAGCGGAAUUUACGGAAGAUUUAUCAUUUACUUUAUUACCCUUAUUUUAUUCACUUUGCUUCAAAUAGGUGGUGCUGUUGCCCAGAACGUCUGGACAUUAGCGAUACUUCGAUAUUUCCAAGGUGUUUUCGGUAGCACUCCUCUAGCCAAUUGUGGGGGAACAGCUAGUGACAUAUACAGUCCACUUGAAUAUACCUUUGCAGUUCCCAUUCUCUGUGCUUUUCCCUUCCUCGGGCCAGUCAUAGGUCCCAUUAUGGGGGAUUUCAUUUCGCAAAGCUACCUUGGAUGGAGGUGGACAUUUUGGAUAACCAUGAUAUUUUCAGGUUCCGUAGUUUUACUUAUUAUUUUUGCUCUUCCUGAAACGCAUGCCGGUACCAUUCUUUAUUACAAAGCUCGUUACCUUCGUCGAGCAACAGGAAAUCCUUUAUGGCAUACAGAAAAUGAAAAGCAGCGCGAUCCCAAGAGUGUCAUUAUACGGGCAUUCACAAAUGCUAUUUCAUUAUUGAUAUCGGAACCAAUUGUUGUUUGCUUUACCAUUUAUGUGACCAUUCUCUUUGCUAUUGUUUACAUCAAUUUUGAAAGCUACCCAAUUGUUUAUUCUCAAUACGGUUUCAACCAAGGCGAACAAGGUCUCUCUUUUAUAGGAAUUGGUAUUGGUAUUCUUUUGGCUGCUUCUUUCACACCUCUUAUAUAUUAUCAUUAUUCCAAGAUACACAAAAAGAAAAAUGGAAAAGUGCCCCCGGAAUACCGAUUGUACCCACUAUUUGUUGGAUGUUUUCUUUUGCCCAUUGGCUUGUUUUGGUUUGCUUGGACAUGUUAUCCCAAUAGAAUACAUUGGAUAGUUCCUUUAAUUUCUAGUGUUUUCUUUGGGGCUUCAUUGCUUCUUAUUUUUUCCGUCGUGUUUACUUAUUUCAUUGACACUUAUCAAUCUCUGGCGCCGAGUGCGCUUGCAGCUGCAACGCUUGUACGAUACUCGACCAGUGGAGGAAUGACUAUGGUUGCACGGCCCAUGUACCACAAUUUGGGAAAUCAUUGGGCUACUACUGUACUUGCUUGUAUAUCGGCUGCUAUGAUUCCCAUUCCCUUUGUAUUUUUCCGAUAUGGAAAGGCCAUACGGUCGCAUAGCAAAUAUGCUUACAAGGAUUAA